CGAGGGAGGAAUUUAGUUUGAGAAAGAACGACCGAACCAGGAAGUCACCUACGAGGAAACGUUAUCGUCGCGAGUAUCCCGAACUUCAAAGUGGUCCAAAAGGUUGAAAACCCCGCGAUCCAGUCCCAUCAGGAUCACCAAUCGAUCCGUGCAGCCCCCGCCCCAGUGAAUAAUGGAUAUUGAUCCGGAACGGGCAGAUGGGGUGGAGCCUGUCGCCCGGACCAAGGUGGAGGACUUGAGGAGCCAGGUGGACGGGGUGAAGGACAUCAUGACCCAGAACGUAGACCGCAUCCUGGCCCGGGGAGAGAGGCUGGACGACCUCAUGGACAAGUCUGAGGACCUACAGGCGGGGGCCCAGCACUUCAAGCAGACGUCCCAGAAGGUGGCACGCACAUACUGGUGGAAGAACGUCAAGCUGAUCGUCAUCAUCGUGGUGGUCGUCCUCGUCAUCAUCCUCAUCAUCAUCCUGCUGGCCACAGGGGUCAUCCCAGUGGGCUCCUCCACGCCCCCGGCCCCGGCCCCGCCCCCCCUGCCCACCCCCAAACCCGUAUAAACCGCCCCCCCCCCCCCCAACACCUAGACAUGCACUUGCAUAUACGGGCCUGCUUGCAUUAGUCACACACACACCUUCACACACUGAUUCAAACCUAUAAUCCUUUUCUCCAGGGGACCCCAAGGUCGAGGAUUUGUCUGUUUUUUCCGCCCCUCCUUCGUCGCGUCCCAAUACUGGAACCACAAGGUUUUUACUAGUCAAGGUGCCUCCAUGACCUCAGAGAUAGUUUGUUUGUAAGGUGAAGAAAAGAAACAGCAGGAAGUAGAUUCCGGGAAUGUUUGGCGACCGUCUUGAAGCGAGGGGCAUCAAAUUAUUUUCACCCGACGAUUGAGGAACCAGAUCAAGGGCUUCGCUAGCUGGCCACACCAACUGUUAUUACUUCCUGUGAAAGAGGAAGUCCGCCGCGCCGUUUUUAACUUGAUGUGCAGCCGUGGCCUGUUGCACAACAUGCGGUCAGUGUUUGCCUGUGAACCGUUGGAAAGUAGGGAUUUUGAAUGAGGCCCUCUCAAUAUUCUUUCUAUAUUUUCGGGCGUAUGGAAUCGGUUACUUCUGUCUGCCUUCACACGUUGAGUGUUCCAAGUAUAGUAGCCAUUGAUUUGUAGACUUUGUAACAUUAUAGCUUGAACGAUGAGGUUUUAGACGCCUGUUGCUACUGUUUGUGUAAGAUAUAAGCUAAUCCCCUUAAAUGUUUUGUUGAUUUAUGAAAUGGUGGCCGAGAAUGACGGUGUUUUGAUUGAUUCUAGCAAAACUGCAGGAGGGCAGAUUGCUACUGAAGUAAUUGAAAUUUCUCCUCUUGUAUUUGUGACCUUAGUUUUCUUCGCCUCUAAAGAAUAUGAAUCUAUUUUGGUAAAUGUUAAAAAGGAAACGUCCUUGACAUUUUAAUAAUCUUUUAAGACUUCAUGGUAGAUAAUAAUAGUUCCUUUCGAUAAGAACUUAAGGUAAAAUAAUACAAAAAAAAAAAGGUAAUUUCAGGCAUGUGGUUUUUUACAACACUGGAAACCACAUCUUCGUGAGUCGAUACUUAACAGGAACAUUCCGGAUUUGUAUGUUUGCGUUGUAAUUUACCUGGUCUUUCGACCACAUACUAUUACUCACACGCCAUGUAGGGUUUACCAGACACUUUUGUUAAUAGUUCAGUGUGCCCAGCAGGGGGCGCUGUUUGUCUAGUCCUUAGAAUACACAGCCGGCCCGUCUGCUGACAGCUCUGCUUGCCAAUCAGCUCAGAGAGGUCCCUAGGUUCAGUUACAAAUGGUAUUGUUAUGAUAAGAGGUCUUGGGGAGGGUCAACAAAGCUUUUACAUCCAUCGUUAGACAGUUGGGUUUUCGCUCUUUCUGAUUCAAGUCUAUAAUAAUAAAAUGUUUUUUACGCUGUUACGUUCCCUUUUUGGGUCAUCCUUGUGACCAAAGGAUGUAACUUUCUAUAUUAUCUGGUGUUCGAGCGUUCAGAUGGUCUACAAAGACAACUAGCAGUCUAGUUUGUACAUAAUUAUUCUCUCCUAUUUGUACAUUUGUCAUAGCCCGUUAAAACUAUUAUGUCAAUAAAUAUAUACAGAGGAUAUUUAAUAUGAACGGCCGACAUUAAUCUUUUGCUAAAUGUCCUUUCUUUUCUUUUUUUUAAUCUUUUAAAUCAACCUGGACCAAUGAAGAAGUAUGUGAGUUAAUGUAGAGAGAACUAUUAAAAUAAUCCUAAAACCA